GGAAGUUGGUUCCAUGCUCCCGCCCGCCUCUUUAUAUUCCUUGACAUGAAACCAACCACAGAGGAGAUUUCAGGCGAGGUGGAGAGGUAAAGAAUGGAGACGCCUCUGCUAGAGAACCAGAGCAGCCCCACUCUAUGCAGGAGGUCGCUGAUAGAGAGCAAGAAGCUAUGGCACUUAGCAGGCCCUGCCAUCUUCACCUCCAUAUGCAACUACUCGUUGGGUGCCCUCACCCAGACCUUCACUGGUCAGGUCGGGGAGCUGGAGCUCGCUGCUGUGUCCAUAGAGAACUCUGUGAUUGCAGGGCUGGGUUUUGGCUUCUUGCUGGGUAUGGGAAGUGCUUUGGAGACACUGUGCGGACAGGCCUUUGGAGCUGGGAGGUUGAGGAUGCUGGGGAUUUACAUGCAGAGGUCAUGGGUUAUUCUGUUCUGCACAGCCUUGAUCUUGACUCCUGUCUACGUCUUCUCAAACUAUAUUCUAAAGCUUGUUGGGGUCUAUGACGAACUGGCUGAUCUUGCAGGCGAGUUCGCAAUAUGGAUGCUUCCUCAGCUGUUUGCUUAUGCAGCAAACUUCCCAAUCCAAAAGUUCCUCCAGUCCCAGAGGAAGGUCAUGGCUAUGGCUUGGGUUGCUGGCAUUGUCCUUGUAAUUCAUGCAUUUUUGAGCUGGCUCAUGAUCAUGAAACUGGACUGGGGUCUGGUUGGUGCAGCCAUAACGCUUAACUUGGCAUGGUGGCUGGUCGUUUUAGGCGAGUUUGGCUACAUAUUAAUCUACUGCACAGAUGCAUGGACUGGGUUUUCAUGGUUGGCUUUCAAGGACCUGUGGGGCUUUGUUAAGCUCUCCUUAGCUUCAGCAGUCAUGCUAUGCUUGGAGUUUUGGUAUCUUAUGGUGCUCAUUGUGAUUGUUAGUAAACUACCAGAUCCACUCAUACCAGUUGAUGCGGCUUCCAUAUGUAUGAACAUCAAUGGAUGGGAUGCAAUGAUUGCACUUGGAUUUAAUGCCGCAAUCAGCGUGAGAGUGUCAAAUGAACUGGGAGCAGGGGAUGCAAAGGCAGCAAAAUUUGCAGUCUGGGUAGUCUCUGUGACUUCUGUCUCAAUAGGGAUCGUUGUCAUGAUCGUCAUUUUGUGUACCAAGGGUAUCUUCCCCGUCCUUUUUAGCAGUAGCACAGCCGUCCAGGAGGAAGUGACAAAACUUGCUAGCUUGCUUGGGAUUACCGUUGCCCUUAACAGUUUACAGCCAGUUCUAUCAGGAGUUGCCAUUGGAGCUGGAUGGCAGGCCAUUAUUGCUUACAUAAACAUUGGAUGCUACUACAUUGUCGGAUUGCCUGCAGGCAUACUUCUAGGGUUCAAGUUUAAUUUUGGCGUGGAGGGCAUUUGGGGAGGCAUGAUUGGUGGCAUAGCUUUACAAACACUUAUCCUGAUUGGUCUCACUGCCUCCACUGAUUGGAAGAAAGAAGCAUCACAAGCUGAGAGCCGUGUGAGGAAGUGGGGAGGAUCACUUGAAGAUGGAAACGGAUCUGUAGAAAACAACCAUGUUGCACAUGAAUGAUCAUAGACCAGACAUAGACAUAUGAAUUGCAGCGUAUACGCUUGACUGGGUCCCGUCAACAGCAAUUCAGUUUUGAUAGUUUUCUAUUGCUUUUCAUGAGUCAAACUCCAAAGCUUGACUGUAUUUCUUCUUGCCUGUAUCUUCUGCAUUUCUUGAAGAGAGCUAUUGGAGAGCAGGUUUUCUUGAUAAUGUAUCAAAGCAUGCUUAGAUUAUGCCAAAGCUGUGAUAAUUUUUCACAAA